AUGAUUGAUGUAGUUGAAUGUGCUUAUUCGCAACUGGAAGAGAUGAAGAAAGUUGAUGUCCUGACCAUGAGAGAUGUUGACUUUGUUAGUGAAUUGUUGCCUGUGCAUUCAAAGAUAGAAUGGAUUAGAAAGUACCAUAAUUUGUCAGUUGAAGAUAAAGUCCACCCCUUUUCCCAUUUUAUGAAGUUCCUGGAGACUGAAAGAGAAGCUGUAGCUCGCUUGGCGGAGAAGCAGCAUUUGCCCCCGAAACGGGCAAAAAGUAUUGGGCGUGGUAGAGGGCAAACCCACCUUGGUGACGGUGCAGGCACCCCUAAGUCGAAGAAAGAGUUUUUCCAGUGUGCAUACCCUUCGCAUCGCAAAGACACCAUCAAGCACAAGACACAAGAUUGUAAAGAGUUUCAAAGGCUAGACAUAUACGGAAAAGGGGGCAAGCUGGACGUUUUAAAGCAAGUGAAUGCAUGCUUCAAAUGCUUUUCAGACCAUCUCAGGAGCAAGUGCCCGAGCACACGGCUCUGUAGCAAGUGUCAAAGUGGUGACCACCAUGUCUUGCUGUGUAAGGCGCAGAAAGAAACUCAGGCCGAAUCCCAUGCACAAGGGGAAAGUCACAUUUCAACAAAUGGGACACGCCUUGUUCCAGGAGACAGUCUGUCCUUGUACCCUAUAAUACAAGCUGAUGUUUCUGGAAAUAGUAAGAAAGCGACGACCUACAACACAGCACAGUAUCCGUUUUCCCUUAAAACUGUCAAGGGUAAGAAGGUUGAGAUCAUUGCGUACGGUAUUGAUAGAAUCACGGGUCCAGUCAGCCAACUGGACAUGCGCACUGUCGCAGAACUGUUUCCUGAGCAUGACCCAGAAUCCCUACAGAGGAAGUCCUCCAGCGUUGAUGUUCUUUUGGGGUGCGACUACUUUGGCCUACACCCCAAGAAGGAAGAAGCACGAAGUGGAGACCACCUAAGUGUUAUGUCUGGUGACUUGGGGAUCUGUCUGCAAGGUACUCAUGCAAAUUUGAAGGAAGAGACAACGCACGAUGUCAAUCUUGUGAAGACCAUACACGAGUGCAGAAUUAAGUUUAACACACUCCAUGUUCGCUUGGAUUGUCACGAACAGUUUCGCCCAGUUGUGCCUCUAUGCACAGUCAAGACUGAGGUGCCUGCGGAGCAAGUCAGCCGACUCGGAGCAACAAACAACGCCCGUGUUGACAAGAAGUUGUCGGAUCAUAGUGAUGCCUUCAUUCAUGGAGAAGAGUUAGGUACUGAGACCACACCUCGGUGUGGUGGUUGUCGCUGUGGCAAGUGUCCAACAGUUGGUCACACAUACUCAUUCAGAGAGGAACAAGAGUUGAAGAUGAUACAGGAUAAUCUGCAGUACGAUGAGAACAAGCAGCAAUGGAUAACCAGCUAUCCAUGGCUCACAGACCCAACUACGUUGCCUGAUAAUUAUGAUAUUGCUUUGGCAACUCUCAAGAAAACGGAGCACACCUUGCUCAAGGACGAACAGUGGGCGGAUACGUACAAGAGACAGAUGGAGGAUAUUGUGGCUAGAGGAGUUGCUCGAAAGCUUUCUGAUCAAGAGAAGGAAGGAUGGAACGUACCGGCAUUCUACAUCUGCCAUCUAGCGGUUAGUAAUCCUCGGUCUCAGUCCACGCCUGUCAGGAUUGUGUUCAAUUCUAGUCAGGUCUGCCAUGGAGCAUCUUUGAACUCUUACCUUGCUAAGGGACCCGACGGCUAUAUGAACAGUUUACUAGGAAUCUUGUUACGAUGGAGAGAGGAGCAAGUUGCACUGGUGGGAGAUAUAAAGAAGAUGUUCAACUCGGUCUUGCUUAGACCACUAGAGCAGCACUGUCAUCGAUUUCUGUGGCGAGAUCUGCAGACUGACAGAGACCCAGAUGUAUACGUCAUGGAGCGAGUUAACAUGGGAGACUCACAUGCGCCAGCUAUCAGCACAGAGGCUAUUUACAAGACAGCUGAUCUUUUCCGAGAAGACAGUCAAGAAGCAGCAGAGCUCCUAGAGAAGUCAAGUUAUGUGGACGAUUUUAUAGAUUCGUUUCCAAGUAAAGAGGACGCAGUGAAGACUGCAAGUGAAGCCGAAGCCAUGCUCGCGAAAGGAGGAUUCAAGAUCAAGUGCUGGCAGUUCAGCGGCGAACCCUUUGCUCGCAAGGGUGAAGACUUGCAGCUAACGGAUGAUAGUGAAGUCAAGUCUCCCAAGGAUCCACGUGACAUGCUGAAAGGAACUGAGGAUAAUCUGCGCGUUCUCGGUGUAGGAUGGCAACCAGUCAAAGACACCUUAGUCUAUAAGCUCGAGCAUCUAGAGCUCGACAGAUGUCUUCGUCCUCCCAAUGCUGAGGAGAAGCCGUGGCUGAUCAUCUUAAGUGACGGAAGCGACUUGGCGUAUGGCUUUGCAGCUUAUGUCAGAUGGCAGCUACAAGAAGGAGGCAUCAUGGCUAAGAGUCGAAUCGCCCCUGUGACCAAGCUCUCCACUCCCCAAAUGGAACUGAAUGCAGCUGUUCUAUCCAAGAGAGGGCGCAAGGUUAUUGAGAAGGAAAUGCGCUUGGAGUUCGAUAGAGUUUUGCAACUAGUGGACUCUGAGACAGUACUGAAUAUGAUAAACAAGACGAGCACUCGCUUCAAGGUCUACGAAGGAGUCAGAGUUGGUGAGAUACAGGCUGCAACAGAUGGCGACAUGUCGUGCUGGGCGUGGAUGUCGGGAAAGGACAACACCGCAGACUGGCUUACCCGUGGCCGCUCACCCAAGGAUCUACACGAAGACUCUGACUGGUGGAAAGGACCCCCUAUUCUCACCAAACCGAUUGAAGAAUGGGGACUGAAGUUCGGCUUACAGCAUGAAGAUCCACUUCCUGGAGAGAAGAAAGUCAGUGUUGCGAAUGUCGCAAAGCGGAGAGAAACAGAUAGUCCAUUCAUCGACUACAAGCGAUACAGUGACAUCAAUCGUGUCAUAUGGGUUGUUGCAAGACUCCGAGGUAUCGCUAAGAAAAGAUCGUUCUCCGGAGGCAGAACUUCAGAAAUCCUUGCUCGAGACCUGCAAGAAGCAGAAGACUUUGUAGUCAAGGACAUUCAGAAGUCGCUGCAGAGUGAAAUGAGUAAGUCUAGUCGCAAGGGUGGAAAAGGUGGUCGUUACCAGAGGCUACACCCUACGUUCGAUGAAGAUUGUUUCUGGGUAGUUGGAAAGCGCUUGAACAGUUUCAAUGCCAUGACUCCAGACUCGAGACUACACAGGUUACUUCCAUCCAGUCACCGAGGGACACGCUUGUUAAUGGAACGCGCUCAUCGUGCAGGACAUAGAGGACGAGGUGCAACCCUUGCUAGAUUCCGGCAGUACUACUGGGUCCCUCAUGGAGGUUAA